CAGUUUAAAUACGACCGUCUUACUGAUCAGUACACAUUUAAUACAAAUUCUCAUGUAUGGUAUUAUUUGAAAUCCAAUUUGUUUUUUAAUUGAGUUAGAUAUUUUGAAAAUAAAUAUUUUGUUAAUAUUUUCAUGCAGAGUAAGUAUGUUCUGAUCAACGAAAUGUUGACACCUGACACUACAUCAGAUCCAAUUACUUCAUCUCAGAAAAACAUUGUACACAGUCGAAGGUAUUACGAUUCCAGAAGGCCUAGUUAUUAAAUGCGUAAAGAUUUGAUUUGAUAAUGAAUGCAAAAUUAAUUCUCAUCCCAAUUUUCCUAAUUGGAUCAUGUGUGGGUCAGGUUGACCAAAAUAUCAUAAAUGAAGUUUUUAACAUAAAAUUUCAACCUCAAUUAAGUGAUCAAGUACUUAAAGAACCAAAUUUUGAAACUACAAAGCAGCCUGUUGUACCAAAAUUCGUAGCACGUACUGGCAGCUCAUAUCAGCCAUGUGGUACUAAUAAGGUAUGUGUUCGUUACUAUCUAUGCAACAAUGGAAAAGUGGACCCAUAUGGUACAAGGGUGAUUGAACCUCGCAUGGGAGCUUUAUGUAAUAAUGACUUGGAAACCUGCUGUGAUUUUAGUGAAACUACAGAGCAUCCUGUUGUACCAAAAUUCGUAGCACGUGUACGAACUGACAACUCAUAUCAGCCAUGUGGUACUAAUAAGGUAUGUGUUCGUUAUUAUCUAUGCAACAAUGGAAAAGUGGACCCAUAUGGUACAAGGGUGAUUGAACCUCGCAUGGGAGCUUUAUGUAAUAAUGACUUGGAAACCUGCUGUGAUUUUAGUGAAACAUUAGAUAAGAUAAAUUUAAACCCACUCCCACUAACUUUUGGAUGUGGUUAUAGAAAUAAAAAUGGAGUUGGAAUCAAAAUCAAAAAACCCAUUGGUAACGAAACUGAAUUUGGUGAAUUCCCAUGGAUGGUGGCAAUUUUGCGCGAGGAAACAAUUAUUGACAAACUUUUCAAUGUCUAUCAAUGUGGAGGUUCUUUGAUUGCACCAACUGUUGUUUUGACCGGAGCUCAUUGUGUGCAGGCUAGGAUUGCCAGUAACUUCAAAGUGCGAGCUGGUGAAUGGAAAACUAACACAAAAACCGAAAUCUAUCCAGAUCAGGAAAGGCAAGUUGUCGAAAUGAUUGUCCAUGAACACUACAACAAGGACAGUUUGUAUAAUAAUAUCGCUCUUCUUAUCCUCGAGUCACCAUUCGAAGAGGCUCCCAAUGUUAAUACCGUUUGUCUGCCACCAGCGAACAUGAACUUUGACAUGUCACGUUGCUUCGCCACAGGCUGGGGCAAGGAUCAAUUCCAGAAUGGAAAAUAUCAAAAUAUGUUGAAGAAGAUCGAUUUGCCAGUUGUUCCGAAUGCCAAGUGUCAAGAAAAUUUGAGAAAAUUCUUGGGUAAAUUCUUCGAACUUCAUUCCAGUUUUAUGUGCGCUGGUGGUGAACGUGGCAAGGAUACUUGCAAGGGAGACGGUGGUUCACCAUUGGUUUGCCCAAUGCCCAACAAUCCUAACCGAUACUUCCAAGCUGGUAUUGUUGCUUGGGGUAUUGGAUGUGGUGAAGAAAAUGUGCCUGGCGUUUAUGCAAGUGUUCCACAAUUGCGUUCUUGGAUUGAUGAACAAUUAGGUUAUAAGAGGAUCGAUGUUAAAUCUUUUACACCAUAAAUGAUAAAGUCGAGAAGUGAUAAUUUUCAAACAUGUAUGUAAAAAUUAAUAAAAUUUUAUUUUAAAAUAAAAUAACUUUUAGAAAUGCAUAAAUGAAA